UCUCCACCUCCUUGUCUCUUGGUCCUAAUGUCAGAAGAAAGCACCAAGUGGAUGGUCUAUGCCUUCGAAAACAAGACAAAUUUGCUGUUUUGGAGACACCUGGGAGCCUUCCCUUGCUAUCCAACAAUCAAGGUUUGUUUUGUUGAUACAUUCUUGUCAUUUAGCUGCGCUGGAGAAUAAAACUAAAACUUGGCCAGCUCUUAUUCCCAUCCACUUGGCACAAAGACAAAAUCAUUUUUCACAGGGAGGCUCUUUCUUUUCACAAAUUCCAUAUUCCUCUGAUCCCCCCAAUGGACAACAAAUCAAUGUGGACAAAAACCAAACACCACCUCGAUUUGUCACCAGAGCAGCCAUCGAAAAGUCCUUCAAGACAAAGGAACCUUUAAUUCCAAUUGACCCUUUCCAAAAAACAAAAAACCAACAAGCAGAGAAACCCUAUUCACAACACUUCCUCAAAUAAGGAGAGUAUCUGAGAGCAAAAGCCUGGACAUUUGCCUAUGGGUUUUUCCGGGUUUUUGAUCAGUUAGAGAACCCAUUAAGGAAAUUAAAUUUCGGGGUGUUUUUUCGUUGCUUACUCAAGCCGUUCACUUCUGAAACUCCAACUGAUCCCACUUUUUUGGCACCAAGAGUCCAAUCUCUCUGUUAUGGCAGGAAUGGUUCAAGAGGAGGAAUCAUCGUCUGUAACUUCGUCUCCCCUACAGCUGUUUUCCCUGAUGUCACUUUCGCCAGGUUUAGGUUCUCCAUAUCCCUGGCUCAGGGAGUUGAAAUCCGAGGAGAGAGGUUUAUGCCUCAUCCAGCUUCUGGUCGCCUGUGCUAACCAAGUUGCUGCCGGUAGUAUUGAGAAUGCCAAUAUUGGCCUUGAACACAUUUCCUAUCUCGCCUCACCCGAUGGAGACACAAUGCAGAGAAUUGCUGCUUACUUCACAGAAGCACUUGCCAAUAGAAUGCUCAAAGGUUGGCCUGGUUUACAUAAGGCCCUUAAUUCGACAAAAAUAUCGUCUGUCUCUGAAGAAAUCCUUGUUCAGAGAUUGUUUUUUGAACUAUGCCCCUUUUUAAGGCUCUCGUAUGUGAUCACAAAUUUGGCAAUUAUCGAAGCCAUGGAAGGGGAAAAAAUGGUCCAUAUUAUUGAUCUCCAUUCCUCUGAGCCUGCUCAGUGGAUUGAUCUUCUUCAAGCAUUAAGUGCUCGUCCUGAGGGCCCGCCUCACUUGAGAAUUACAGGUAUUCAUGAACAAAAAGAGGUGUUGGAACUAAUGGCUCAUCAGUUGAAUCAAGAGGCGGAAAAGUUGGACAUUGGAUUUCAAUUCAGUCCUAUAGUUAGUAAGUUGGAGAAUCUUGAUAUUGAAAGUCUGCGUGUUAAGACAGGAGAAGCUCUUGCAAUCAGCUCUGUGCUUCAGUUGCAUUCCCUCUUGGCAUUUGAUGAUGGGAUGUUAAGAAGGAACUCCCCAUCGGCAUUAAAGAGUUUGAAUCCAAUUCACUUGCAAAUGAAUCCACUCACUUAUGGAGAUUUUCUUGAAAAAGAUGUUAAUUUCUAUAGCCAAUGUCCAGAUUCAGCAUCAUCAUCCUCGCCAGUGUCUUUUGCCUCUUCUGCAAAAAUGGGAAGCUUUCUAAAUGCCCUUAGGGGCCUUUCGCCAAAGCUGAUGGUGGUGACUGAGCAAGAAUCAAACCAUAACACUCAGAGUCUUAUGGAGAGAGUCACAGAGGCAUUGAACUUUUACGCAGCCUUAUUUGAUUGCUUGGAAUCAACCAUGUCAAGGGCAUCAAUGGAACGCCAAAAGGUGGAGAAAAUGCUUUUCGGAGAGCAAAUAAAGAACAUCAUAGCAUGUGAGGGACUUGAAAGAAAAGAGAGACACGAAAAACUUGAGAAAUGGAUUCCGAGGCUAGAGUUGGCUGGAUUUGGGAGAGUCCCUUUGAGCUACCAUGCGAUGUUACAGGCGACUAGGUUGUUGCAGAGCUAUGGGUAUGAUGGGUAUAAGAUAAAAGAGGAGAAAGGGUGUUUGGUUAUAUGUUGGCAAAAUACACCCCUUUUUUCGAUAUCAGCAUGGACGUUUAGAAGGUAUAUCUAAAACCAUUGAUCAUGCUGGAAACCGGUUUUUCCUGUUGUAUGUAUAAAGGACCUUAACUUUCUUUGCCUACCGCUGCUAGUGCGAAGUGUUCUCCGGACAGGUUUAAGAAGGGUUUUGUAAUGUGUUUUGUAUGCUUAAUCUUCAGUUUUUUCGCAA